CUCAUGUGAUUGCCUUAAUGUCUUUCCAACCAAAGUAUCUAUAUCUCAACAGUCAACAACACCACCUCUACCUCUACUGUGAUUGAUGAUUCAUGUUUUUUAAACAUGAAAGACCUGUCGUUCCUUGGCCUCCACAACUCCCUUGGUUUGAAGAUGAACAAGGGGUUGAAGAACCUGUGCACGGGCGACACCUCCACCUCCACUCUGAAGCAGCAAAAGUCUCCUCCCAUGGCGGCCGGAAACAGCCAGCAGCAGGCGACACUGGAGGAGAUGAUCAUGCGGUUGGACUUGGAGGAGAAAAUGGCAGCAAGAGCAAAGCUACAAGAAGAGGAUGGGGAUGGGCAGCAGCAUAGGAUGUCGUGUGUAAACAGCUCAGACAUCUUACGGUGUGCCAGAAAUGCACUGAAUCAGUACCCGAGGUUUUCUCUUGAUGGGAAGGACGCCAUGUAUCGAUCUUCCUUUCGAAACCCAACAUCAGUAGCAGUGGAUCUGAGAAGCUGUUUGCCUGCAAAAGUUGCAGGGGAGAGGGUGAUCUGGUGCACACCGGGUGCUGUGGGUAGGCUAAUGGGACUCGAUGCAAUGCCAAUUCCUGUAAGACUAAACCACAGAAUCAACUCCAAUCUCAGGAGAAGAUGUUUCCAUCACCGUCUUGCUUCUUCUUCCACUGCCGGAUACUGUGUCAUGAAGCCACUACGCGAUCAACCAGGCUGGCCCAUGCGUCGCUUUAUCUAGGACUUUACUUUUUAGUGCUAAAUCUAAAUGUUGUUUUUUUUUUUUUCCUCUUUUUCAAUCGUGUAAAAGAUGUAGGUUCACAGUUGACUACACAAACAGUUGCAACAUUUGCUCCAAUCAAUCAAUCAAUCGUCUUCCGUUUUGAUCUA